GUUUCCGUCUCUCGGUCUCACAUCACCACAUGACAGGAGUAAGAACUCCUUGGGUAAAAUAGAAUAUAAACAGGAGUCCUUAAGGGCGCAAUUCCAGACACCCCUUUUCCAGAAAUCCUGGGUUGGCGGAUGAGAACUGCAAGGAGCCACUGAGUGAUGAUCAGAAAACAUGUCGGGCCGUUGACUGACCGAACUCACAUCUCCAUGCAACUCUUAAAUUGGACAACUUUAGAUUAUUUCUAUCCGGCAUCGAUGAUUCAAAGACUGGAUGAACGAGGCUGCACUGCUUUGAAGCUUGGCAUGAGCAACUGGGAACUCUCCUCCAGCUCUUUGAAUAUCUUCGAACGUGCACAUCAAACUGGGGGUUGUGGGGCAUCAAACCCGGAAAUAUAUAGCCAACUCCGGGCACGUCUCAGAGCAGGACAUGCUGACGGCCUGAACGGUUUGUUCGUUGUGUCGGCUCAUGAUCUGGCAUGCAACUCCUACCUGAGUCUUGUUGUUGAACGACAGUUCGCUACUCUUCAGGAGCAAAGUAUUGCAAAUGCUCCCGAAAAGCAUAGCCAACGAGAGAGCCUCAAGCGAGGACAACGUGGCAACUGAAACAAGUGCUGAGACGAGAAUCUGACCUGUCAUGUUCUGAAGCCGAGCCCGAA